UGCGCCACUGCGUACACAUACCACUUUUUUGGACAAAACCCUUCAAUCCUACGUUUUGAACAUUAGGCCUACUAAGUUUUGUUCGCUGUCCUGAUUCUGUAAUCAGUUUUGUUUUUAUCAAUAUUUUUGUCGUCUUUGAUGCUGAUCAUGAAAUCGAAAUAAACUUUACUAUUGUCUCAAACUGUCUUAUGUCAUCCUGUUGGAGUGGUCUUUGCUACUUUGACUACUACUUACUCACAAACCCGCUUUGUGACAUUUUGUCUGCCUCUCAACUUUCUGACUUUUAAACCUCUUUCAGUGAUUUUUUACAACAGGGCAAAGUUCAGAAUAAACUAUCUUAUAUACCUACAUAUUCUUGUUUUACUAUUCAGAAUAUUGUUUUCAUAAGGAUUCUCGGAUAUUGCUAUUUUAUUCAUUUACCAACCAUACAAAUUGAUUAAAAUGGAUAUGUCUCGCCCACCUUGCAACAAAACUAAAAUAGACACUGAGAAACUUGUGCAAGCUAUUAAAAAAGCCAAAUCUGAGCGAGCUAGGAAAGCUGUAAAUCGAUCACUCGAUCGUAGCAUUGGAUCAAUAAAACGAAGAAAAAAACGAGAAGCCUCAAGCACCCAAGCUCAUUGUCUGAAGCAAGCGGUAUCACUACAACAAAAAAAUGAAGAUAUAGUUGCAACUGCCAUAAAAGCAAAACAAUAUAAUCGUCAACUUGCAAUGGUAAAUUAUCAUUUCGAAGAACAACAUCGGAUAUUUUCUGCCACAAUUGCAUCAGACAGAAAAAAAAUCAAUUUGAUAGAGAAAGAAAACUGUCAUUUCUUGCAGGAAUCUCACAAAAUGGAUAAAAUGUUGUCUCAGUUGCAAAAACAUUUAAGAAAUGCUGGAAUUGCAAUAGAUUCCGUGAAAAAUGAUAACAUUGGAAGUUCACACGAUGAAUCCAAAAAUAUUUCCAUUACUUCCGACUCAUCAGUUGGGAGCGAACUUUCUGUUUCAGACAUAAGCAGCAGAAAUGAUUCAGUUUCUGAAAUCGAUGAAAAGAUAGAAACCGAUAACAUUACAAAUCAUGAAACUGUUUACAUGGAACUGACUGCUCCAAAUACUAACUGUAUUGAGGUUUUACAAAAUGUUCCCAACACUGAGUUUGAAUCAGAAGAUCAAAACUCUUCAAACCAACAAGUCUUCAUAGAAACAUCACCAAUAAAUCAAAUGACAGAAACAAAGAAAGCAUUAGAUGAUUAUAACAAUGAAAUGGCUGCUACCAAUGUUGAACAUUUUAUUGAUGAAAAUAAUCAAAAUGUAGCAAAUUCAUUAGAUCUACCAGAUAAACGUUUAUCCCAGAGAAAAUCCACAAAUUCUGAAAAUUGCGAACCAUCAAGAAGAAGUAGCAGGCGAAGUGCAACAGAAAAAGUAUCAUACGCAGAACCAAAUCUCAGCACAAAACUUCGACGUGGUGACAAAAUGGCAGAUGAAUCUUUAUUCAAAUCAUUUACACCCAGGAAAAAAUACAAAUCUAAUUCAAGAGUUGGCUAUAAACUUUGAUUUUUCAUUUUGCAUGUUCUUUAUCAGAUUGAAUUCUGCUUUUUCAUGAUAAAGUGCCAGCAAAGGCGUUUAUUAUCUUACUAGCACAAUUUGUUUCUAUUUCAAUGUUCAUUACGCAACAUGUUGAAAAUGUUUUUGGCACAUUGUAGAAUUUUUUAGUCUGUCAAACGCUCUCAGUGUCCGGUUACUUUUACUGUAUUAUUUUAAUUUUUAUUCUGCCUUGUCAAGAUUUUAAUUACCGUAAGCUACCACUGCCAGCCAAUAUUUGAUCAAUUUCAUUGCAUUAAUAUAUAUUUUAUCUCAAAA